UGCAAAAAUUGACAAUUGCUACAUAGUACAUGUUCAGAGUAAUUCCGAAUUUGAUCAAUAAAAAUUGAAACAGAUCUUCCUAUCUAAAAUAAAUCCGCAGAUACUACGUAAAGUCUUUUCUGUUAUAAUUUUUAUAGCAUUUUUACAUCCAAAGAUUAUAUCAGAAACGACUGUAAGCUGAAUAGAGUUCAGGUUGAAUAAACAUGAGUGAGGUAAAUGGUAUUCCGCCAAAUAAAAAGGCGAAAUUAGAAAUUCCAGUAGUAAAUGAUGUUGAUAAUCAAGAUUUCACGGAAGAUACUCAGGCUGAUGAUGAUAAUUUUGUGAUGGAUGAUAAGUACAACAACUUUGUGACGCAAGAGGAAUUGCAGAAGUUAAAGGAGUUCAAAAUUCUGGACGAAGUCAAAUCUGAUGAUGAGUCAAGUGAUGGCAGCUCGGUCACCUCUGAGGACAUACCCGAGGAAGAGAUAGAGAAGAUGCUGGAAGAAGACUUACCGGAAGAUUUUAAAGGUGUUCCUAAACCAAAAGAAAAACCAUAUAUCUUACGGUCCAAAAUUAUUAUGGAAGAAAAGGGUAUAAACCCUUUUGAGGUUCUGCCCUUAGAUUGGAUCUGCGCUAGACAUAUGAGUGGUAUCCCCGUAUAUAUGCACCGGCCCAGUCGUGUAGUCACUCUAGCAAAACCAUAUUGCCUUGGAAAAAGCAAUAUUCAGCGACACGACAUUCCAAUUAGUGCUAUCCCAUGCCUAGCCUAUAGAAGAGCUUUAGAAGAAGAAGAAAAACAAAAGGAAAUAGAUAAAAAAAUACAAGAGCAAAUAGAAAUUGCUAAUGCUCAAGUGAAAAAAACGGAGACGCCUCUUAGUAAAGGAUUAAACAAGUUAAAUGAAAAGUUGGCCUUCAAACCAUAUGACAUAUCAAAGAAGACAAUUGAUUCAGUUAAAAUAGAAGUGAAUGCUAAUGUGUGUCCAUUUAAAAGAAGUAUGCAAGAUAGUAGUAAAGAUGAAUGUAACAGGAAUAAGGAAACAUCUAGUAAUGAUGUUAAUGAUAUUACUGCAGGUGAAGCUGGGGAAGUAAGUUCUGAGAAAAUUGAAUUUAAAAUUCAGCCUAUUACAGAGGACUCAAAUAGUAUUAACGAUGAAGCAUUUAAAUCAAAUUAUGAUAAUGAAACUCAAGAUAUUAAAUGCAACACCAAUAAUAAUGUAGAGAGCAAUGAUAGUUUAAGUAAUGCUGAGAGCAAAGCUGAAGGAGAUGAAAAUACUGAUACGAAUGCUGAAAAAAUUCCGUUAAACAUACAACCAGUGAUACUGCCAGGAGGAGUAGCCAUGCCACCUCCAAGAGUAGAAAACGUUAAUACAAGUUGGAAAACACAGCAUCUAACGUAUGAACAAAUAAAUGAAUAUUGUAAGAAACUGUUCCAAUUUAAAACAGUGGAGGUGAUGCAGUUUAAGCGUUGGGCGGACCGUCGUAAAUACACCAAAGCUCGAAAGGCCUUACAACAUCCCACUUUACCGGAAGGAACGAAGCUCAUUACAAUACCCAAUAAUGGACAAGAAAAUGGUGGUAAAGGCAAAAGAGACUGGGUGAUGAAUAUGAACGGACGGUGCUAUUUAUCUGUCUUCCAUGAAUAUGUUUAUCGGGCGCUGCAUAAACAGCCUGUGUAUGAGUUUACGCAACUAGAGAACGCGUCCAACCCGUACCAGGCGACGGUGUUCAUCGGCGACAUGCGGUACGGCGUGGGCUACGGCAGCAGCAAGCGGCAGGCCAAGGCGGCGGCGGCCCGGGCUUCCAUACAGAUACUCAUACCGGAGAUGAAUGAGGAGAUCGCCGCGCCCAACUCGAACGAACCGGAUUUCUCGUUCUUUGACUACGUGAGUGUGGAGGAUCCCCACAUAAAUAAAAAAAAGCUGUAUAUUCGUUGCUCCACCGUGACGGAAACAAAGAAAACAAAGGUGAAAAAGCUAGAAUUUCAAAAAAUUCAACUCACCAUGCAGGUCGGCAAACACAGCGCAUCCGUUAUUUGUAAAAAUAAGAAGGCGGCGAAACAGCGGGCUUCGCAAGCUAUUCUACAGUCGCUCCACCCGCACAUACGAUCGUGGGGGUCUCUCCUGCGGCUCUACGGCUCGCGGUCCAUAAAGAGCUGCAAAGAAAAAAAGUUGGAAGAGCAGCAAAUAACACUCUUACAAGACAAAGCGAGACGGAACGAGCCGAAUUACGCCGUACUCGAGAAGUUGAGGAACGAAAUGCUGAAGCUGAGAGCGAGGGACGAGGCAGUUGUGCCAAUUGGUACAUUGAUGCUAACGGAGGACCUGCCAACGCAUUCAGGCUCCAAUUUGAAUAAUGUGGAUUUGUAGAGGUUGUUUAAGGGUGAAAAAUGUGAAAUUGUUUAUGAUGGUUGGAGUGUCAGUUGUAGUUGGUGAAAUGUGAUUUUUUUUGUGAAAUUUUAAAAGUGAGAACAUCAUAGUGUAUAUGUAAGUAUUGAAUGAUUAAUUUUCUAUAAGCAAUAUUGUAACAAGUCCAAAAA